AUGAGCGAAGAGGAGACCGAAAGCAAGAUAUUCGCCAACAGAAGACCUUCACUGCAAAGACUCGAUGGUAUUGUUCCCGAUGUCAUCGAUUCGGUGCCAAACGGUGUCAUCAAUGUGAGAUAUCGUUCAGGGGUUGACAUAAACUUAGGCAAUGAGGUGACCCCGACUCAAGUGGCCGAACAACCAUUGGUCGAGUGGGCCGCAGAUUAUGGCAAUUACUAUACACUAGUACUGACUGAUCCGGAUGUGUUUGGUCGCAAUGGACCUAAAUAUGGAGAAUACAAACAUUGGGUUGUCGUCAAUAUUCCCGGGACUGACAUCAAGAGAGGGCGAGAUUUGACUGAAUAUCAGAGUUCGGGACCCGCGAGAGGUACUGGUCCUCACAGAUAUGUGUUUCUAGUGUACAAACAGCCGGAUAUUAUCGAAACUGAUAGCAAGAUUGUCAAUACUUAUAGUCUUGAGGGCCGGCUGUUUUUCGAUGUCAGAUCUUUUGCUAGAAAAUAUAAUUUAGGUGAACCUGUGGCCAUCAACUACUACCAUUGUCAGUUUGAGACAUCCAGCUAA